CUUGGCUUAUGGUUUUAUUUUUUUUAAGCAGUUGCGGCUGAUUAUUUUUAUUUUUUUGCCCCUUUCCCCUUUUUCUUUCUCUUUUUUUUUUUUUUUUUACUUUUUUAUAGAUUUUUUAUUUUUGAUUCUGUAUUAUAAAAUGGCGCUUGAGCAAAGUCACUCUGAUUACCGAUGUUACAACUGUCAAAAAUCUUGUAUUCGAGGAGAUCCGUGUUUAAUAAGAGCGGUUGGCAAUUUAUACCACAAGCAGUGUUUUAAAUGUAACGUAAGUAAUAUUUUUGCCACUUUAUUCCCUCGGUCAGCGGUAGGGAGAGGAUAUAUCGGAAACAAAUUCGGCCAUGUACACGAGGGGAAGGGGGGUUGGGGAUUAUUUUAUUUUUAUUAAUUAAACAAUUAUGAUGAAUAUUCACCUUUUUCUUUUUAGUCUUGUCAAAAAUCAGUGAUUGAUAAAUUUUACAUUAUGGAUGAUUCACAAACAAUAGUAUGUGAAAAAGAUUAUUAUCAACAGAGCAAUUUUAAGUGCCAUCAGUGUAAUCAAGCAAUAACAAAAGAUAAUUACGAAGUGAUUGGCGCCUAUAAAUAUCAUGGACAUUGUUUACACUGUCCAGGUUGCACCAUCGUUAAAAAUUUACCCCCAUCAACUACAACUGAUGAUAAUCCAGAAGAAUCAUCUGAAAGAUUUGAUUACAAUGGCCGCCCUUAUUGCCGGUAUCAUUAUUCGUUAAUUAAAGGGACUGAGUGUGUCGGAUGUGGUCAAGCCGUCCUUUGUCAGUAUAUGGAUAAUAAUGGUAAAUGGCAUCCAGAAUGUUACAUGAUUAUGAAGUAUUGGCAUGUUUGUUUAAUCGAUCUUCGUCCUAUUCCGCAAUCUGACUAUAAAAGUAAAAAUCAACUGAUAUCGAUUCAAAACGACAUACAAUAUACCAGAUGCGCCCUUUGGAAGGAAUUGAGCACGUUUGAAGAUACAACCUCCAAAAUUUUAUCCAAUAUAGUAUCCUUUCACCAAUCACAAGACUAUGUACAACAAUUUAGUUCAUGUCAAUCAUUGUCGAAACAAGUGAACAUUAUUUUUUCUGUUUUGGACCUGGUAUUCAAAUAUUUUACUCAUCUCUCAUGUGAUACACCAACUCAGAAACUGUGUGAUCAACUAGUCUAUUUUAUAGAUACCUUAUGUCAAUCAAAUAACCAUCAAGAUGUUGAAAGUAUGCUAAAAUUAGCAGCCAUAUUAUCACAAUACAUUAGAGAUCUUGUAAAAUUAAGUUUGCAACAAACAAUUAUUUUGGAACGAAAAAAUAAUAACUUAAUCGAUCAACUUCUAACAAUAUACACUACCAAAUCCACUACCGGUACAAUGGACCUUGCUUGUUUAAGCCGCGGCUUACGACUUGUAGACUUGGCAAUGACAAGGCUAGCCUUUGUGUCGAAUAUAAAGCCACAUGAAGGAAAACAACCUGAUGAAACAGAAACAGUAUUUAAAGAGACAACGAGACCUUCUCUCUUUCCUGUUUCUCAACAAAAUAGAAUGGUGAACAGUACAUCUAAUAUACAUUUAUUAUCAAAAACGAGCUCAGAUGUAUCAACAAGCUUGAGUAGAUCGAAGUCGGUCUCCCGAAAGCCCAGUUCCAGCCAAUAUUUACCUUCCAUUCAACAAGUGGAAAUGACGAAUAAAACAACUCCAAGUAGAAUGGAUACUAUUAGAAGAGCUCUCACAACACGUUCGAAAAAAGAGUCAUCUUCCAUCUUGAGUAGAUCGAACAGCAUUUUUUCCGCCGGCGGCCGCCGUGAUCAAAAGUCCUUGAGUUUACAGAACCCUUCAACACCGCCAUUGUAUAUUUCGCUUCCGGAUGUUGAGCAGCUGCACACUACUCCACCUCUUUCUCCGCCAUCUGCAAAUCAACAAAUUUGGAUAAUUCCAGCACAUUUACCUGAUUUGACGCAACAGCAAGACUGUAUUAUACGUCACAUUGCUGCUCUCUGUAUCGAAUCACAUGUGGACGACUGUAUCAUAUUGGAUGACCUAUUGAAUCUUAUUGAAAACAAAAAACAGGCCACAUCUCUUUGGGGCAAAUUAAAAACACAUAUUUUGACGCCGAACGAAAACACACAAAACCCAUUCAAUGCGAUAACGAAUAGCGAGAAAAAAAUUGGCGUUUCAUUAGCAAAUCUAAGCAGUGGCUCGUUAAAUAAUCAGCAGCAAGUAUACGAAGUACGUGAUGUACCCAAUUUUGAAGACUGGAAAACUCAUUGUCCAUCUGUUGUCUCUUCGUUCUCUUCGAACUCACUUGCUCCUGCGUUUCUUAAGGAUUGCGUGUUAUCGAUGAUUGGUCAAGGAGUGAAUACCGAAGGUAUUUUUCGAAAGAAUGGCAAUAUACGCGUGUUAAAAGAAAUGUGUGACCAAUUGGACGAAAGUCACAGGGAAGAUUGGAUGGAUUUUUUCGGAGAACAGCACAUCAUUCAACUAGCAGUCUUCAUCAAGAAGUACCUGAGAGAGUUACCCGAACCAUUGCUCACCUACAAGUUACAUAAACUUUUUCUCAUGUCAAAUGACAAAGCGGACGAUAUCGCCAUGAUUCAUUGUGCUAUAUGCAUACUACCAAAAGCUAAUCGUGAUAUUUUAUUACUGGUGUUGGGCCUUUUAAAUUGGGUCGGGAGACAUUCUUCUGAAAAUAAGAUGGGGUUUGAAAAUUUAGCUAAAGUCAUGGCACCAAACAUUCUGUACUGCCACAAGAAACAAUCUGUAUCAUCAGCCGUCGACGUGUCGCUAUGUCAUGGGGAAAUCCGUGUAGUAACCACCAUGAUUGAAUUUUACGAGACCCUUAGCAAGAUUCCAAAUGAUUUCACAGUGCUUUUGGAACACCCGAAAAUGGCUGAGUUUACAUGUACAAAUGCGAUCGAUUUAACUUGCUCAAAAAGCUUUGUGAGAACUUUCGAUAGCUUAUUAAAGGUCAAAAAAGAAAUCACAUCAUCUGGUCCCGUAUUACCUCCAUCUCCUUCAGCAUCUACUCUGUAACAAUAUCACAACACGUAUAUUAUCUUGUGUUUUUAAUACCCCCCCCCAACAUGCUCUCGUUUUUAUAUCACCAUUCCAGUAUUUCUGUAUAUUUCUCACUCUUUCUUUUCAUCCACACUGUAAACAAUAGUCUCUCUUUCACCGCAUAUGUAUAGUAAUAAAGAUCAUUCCCUUUCUUU